GUCACAUGACAGUGGUGGGAAGUGGGGGGGCGGCUGAGCAGGCGCCUAGCUAGGAGGGGGUUUGUUGCAAGCGCUGCGGGGGUUGCAGUGAGCGACGCGCCACUAUGGUGAGUAAGAAAAAAAGAAGGGGGUGGUAAAGAGGGGUGGGGGUGGGGGUCGCCCUGGCAAGAGGGGCUGCUCAGGCCUCCUCCUCCUCCGCAGUCCUUUCUAUGGGGCAAGGCUGUUGGCCUGGCUGUUGUUGGUUAGUCACCCCCCUCCCCAAUUAAAUCUAUUAAGCCUUAUCAGUUAAUUGGGUCUAUUUAUAUCGCCAACGUUAAGUGUUCUUUGGGUGCAUUGCAGUCAAAAUGAAACUGCAGAGCUGGACUACUGCAAUGUGCUUUCCGUGGGGCUGCAUCUUGAAGACGGCUUGGGGAACUUCAGUUGCUGCCAAAGGAAGCUGUCAGGGCGCUAAAAGUGAACGGGACGGGAGGUUUGAACACGCGACAUGACUUUUGUGUUUAGUUGUGCUGACUGCUGGUGUGUUUCUCAGCGCAACUCAAAAGGGCUGGUAUUAACCUUUAAGCCCCCCAAGCCCACCUUUCCUCAACCUCUGGAACAGGUGUGGGCGACCUUUGACCCUCCAGAUGUUGCUGAAGAACAACUUCUGUGGUCUCUGACCAUUGGGCAUGCUUGCUAAGGCUUUGGGAGUUGUAGCGCAGGUUCCCCGCUGUUGCUCUAGAGAUGUUUUGGGCUGUAAUUCCCAGGUAGUGCAGCUGUGCUGACCUGGACUGAUGGGAGGGCACAUUGUUGGGGAAGGCUACCCUAAAUUGGUUGGGAAUGAAUUACUUAAAGAUUGCCUGCACUCCUGCGAUACUGCCUGUAAUCCAAGACUUGGAUAUGUGCUUGUGCACUGACUGGAGAAUUUGGUUAGGUUCAUUAGCAUUCACCAGAAGACCUUGUUGGUGGUGGCCUCGCAGUUGUGGAAGUUUUCCGGUUAAUAUUUAUUUGGACCCCUUCACGUCAGGCGUUGAGAAUGUCUGCCAAACUUCUUACUAAUACCUUUCCUUAAGAGAAUUUUGGUGAUCUUAAGAAUCUCUUACACAUCUGUCUUCGGCCACUCAGUGCUUUGUACUGUAAUGUUCAUUUUUCUCCAUGGCUUUAUAAGGGAUUGGCUCUGAAAAGGGACGAGCAUAUAACACAUCAAUAUUAAAAAUGCAACAAUAAUUGAACAUUUUAAUGCCACUCUUUAUUGUUUCAGGUUCAGGACAGUGUACAGCAUAAAACAUUUAUUUUAUUUUUUAAACCCCCACAAUACACACUUCAAAAAAAGAAGUUGAGCACAAUCCUAAGUAUGUUUACUAUUGAGCUCAAUGGGGGUUUAUUAUCUUCAAGAAGUGUGCUUAGAAUUGCACUCUACAACUAAAGUAAUUUAAACUGCUAAAUUAAAAGACCAUUUGAAUUAAAGAAGUCUCAAGUUCAUGUGGAGCUGCAAAGGCCCUGCUUAGCUAGCAAAUACUUUUUCCAGAAAAGGGAAGCAGUAAAUAGCCCCAGGUGUGGCUUCCUUCAUGACUAAUGCUGCCAUCCUGUGGGAGCCUACUCAGAAGUAAGCCCCACACUAUCUAGUAGUGCCCUGGUAAGUACAGAGUCUUGCAGCACCUUAAAAUACUGAGAUGUUAGGGUAGGGCUGAUGGGAAAUGGGGGUCUGGCAACAUCUGGCGGUCCAAAGGUUCCCUGCUCUUACAUUGGGUGCUUUGUGUACAUGGAAACUUCUUCAUAUGCAGAUACAGAAAUAACAUACAAAAGAGAGGAACAAAUGUGAAAUCUGGGUCAACAGUAAAGGUUAUGAAUUUGAUGGGCUCGUGAGAGAGCCAUUCAUGCCUUGGAGUCGUUUAUAUUUUUUGUUACCAUGUGUGACUUAAGACCUUGUUAGGUGUUGCAUCAGCGGUUGGGCAUCUGAGUGGUCAAAUACUGUGCAAAUAUUUUAAAAUUGUUAGAACAUCAGAACAAUGAAAAAGUUACCUCGAUCAACAACCAGGUUUGAUAUAUAUGCUAAUUGCAACCCCCCCCCCCAAAGUCCUACAUAAGUUUGUGCAAACAGGAACUCCUAGAUUUGGGUAGCUUUCUUGCGUACCAUUCUUUUGUUGGAAAGGCGCCUUCUUUGAGCCCAAAGAGACCUCUUCCUCUGGUGUUGGGAUAGCCAACAUGGAGUCUUCCAGAGAUUAUUGGACAACAACUCCCACCAUCCCCACCUUUUGGAAGCACUGGCUGGGGCUGAUGGGAUUUGUAAUCCAAAACAUCUGAUGAGUAUCACUUUGAGGAAGACUGCAUUAUGCAGCUGCAUGGAAAAGCUGGCAUUGAGGUAGAUCAGUGAUGGCCAAACUUGGCCCUCCAGCUGUUUUGGGACUACAAUUCCCAUCACCCCUGACCACUGGUCCUGUUAGCUAGGGAUGAUAGGAGUUGUAGUCUCAAAACAGCUGGAGGGCCAAGUUUGGCCAUCACUGAGGUAGAUGGUUGGAGGUCAGGAACACUAUUGAAUCUUGAGCUGAGGAACUUAAAAGCUCUGAGUGUGUUUGAAAAUGGUAGGGAUGAAUAAUCUUCAGAUCAGAGCAGGGAUAAAUCAUCUUCACUCAAGGAGCAUGUUGAAAUGGCUGGACCAAGAGUGAUGAUUAAUUUGUCAGCUUAUUCUGCGUGGUUGAUUGCCUUGCUGGCUGUUAUGAUCAUCAUUGAAGGUCUUCCUCUUGGUGCCUGCACCAUCAGAUGUGACAUGGGUGGCAUCCUCGUUUCUGGAACCCUCCCCAUUUCUAUUCAUCCGGCGCCAACUGUAAUUUAUAUAGUUAAUUUAUCAGGAUAUAUACUUGUCCCCACCACCAGAAUUCCCAGGGUGGCUUCCAGAAUAUGAAAGUACAAUAAAGCAAAUCAGGUUAAUGGUCUUUGGGUGUCGGCUAGAAACACUUUUGCUUAUGGGGACAUUCAGAGGCCUUGACAUAGAGUAGCUGGACCAUGCCAGCAGGGGCUGAUGGGAGUUGGAUACCAAAACAUCUGGAGGGCACCAGUUUGGACUCCCAACUCCCAUCCGCUCCAGCCAGCACGAUUGUGCAGAAGGGUACCAGUUUGGUGAAGGCUGGGUGAAGACAGUGUUCUUCAACCCUAAGUCCCCAGAUGUUGCUGGACUACAACUCCCAUUAUCUCUGGUGAUCGGCUAAGCUAGCUGAGGAUGAUGGGAAUUGUAGUCUAACAACCUCUCGGGACCCAAAGUUGAGGAAUACAAGAAUAUUUAGAUUGCAGCCCUGUACUCACUCACCUGAGAAUGAGUGAACUAAAUGGGCUUUACUUUUUAAGUAGAGACAAGCUUGCAGUUUGGGUCUCCACUGUGUUUUAUGUUUUAUGUUGCAUUGUUUGAAAACUUAGAUUGUCAGGUUGUCCUGAAAAUGUGUCUUAAAUGAUACACUUUUAAAAAUAUAAACUAAGAGUGUUGGGCGUGUUUUCAAGAAAUGAAGGAAAUGAGUCAUGAUUGUUAGCUGUCAGUAUACAUAUGGCUAUAGAAUAUAUUUUUUAAGAUUACUGAAAGAUACGGGGGCGGGCGGGGAGACUAUAACAGCAUGGACUUCUAAAAGCAAAUGUACUUCACAGAGUACAAUUAUUCAAAAUAAUAUACUUGGAACAUACCGUAAUUGGCUUUCUACACUAAAAUAAAUGCAUUUCCUCUGCAAUUUUGGUAAAUCAUUGAAUGUGGUAACCAAGAAAAAUAAAACCAUUAUAAAAGUUGGCUGUAUUGGCAUUUCAUUAAAUGGAAACAAGGAAACUUUGCAAGACAAGACUUUCUAGGCUAGACUUUCUUGUGCUACCUUGGAAGAAAAUCCCAUGUGUUGACACUCUGCAGGACCUUAUUUACUUACUGUGAGGUGUUUAUAUCUUGCCAUUCAAUCAAGGAAUCCUCAAGGUGGCUUACAACAGAUUGCACCAAUACAGGUCAAACAAAGACCGCACGUCCAGCCCCACAGCCUUCAGUUCUUUGGCCGGUGGGUGGGGUGAGAGUGUGCUUCUCUAUGGCCAUAAUGGACUUUCUACUUUUACAUCUGCAGUCCCAGGUCCUUGCUGAUCCUAGCGUCUGGUUGUCUUUGCCUACUCUUGGGCAGCUAAGUGCAGCAUUCUCCAUCAGUGAUCACCAGUAGCGUUGGUCGUACAAGAAAUCACCAUUAGCUUAUUCCCACAAUGGAUAAUUAACUUAAGAAAUUUGUUGCCGGGAGAUGGGCUCCUGGGCCCCUAAACUCAGGUUAUUUUAAAAGAGAAUUAGACAAAUUUAGGGAGCAGAGGGUGAUCAGCUGCUGCCUUAAAAGACCUCCCCCUUUCCAUAAGGUUCUAGGUGGGGUUACAACAGUAUGAUGUACAGUUAUGAGAACAGAUGGAACCACUGCAAUUAGGAAAGAAGGAGAGUUGUUCCAAGUGGAAUGGAGCCGUAUAAACGACAUUUAGCCAUGUGACCUUAUUUAAGAAGUUCCUUACCUGCCCUUCACCACAAGGUUGCAGAGUGGAUCCCCAACCAUACAGUAAUGAACCCAAUAAAGCAAAUGAAAGGAUGUACAUCAGGCAGCAGAGGUAUAGGGAUCCUGUGUUGUUCGAAGAUUGCACGCCAGUGGAAAUGAAUUCCUGGGGGGCAACAGCAGGGGAGAAUGGUAGCUUCCUAGAAGCCUACAAGGAGGGCUUGAAGGUUUCUGAUUGGUUUCUGGUUGGGGGAAGCGGGGUGAUGGACUAGGUGGAAUAUCACUCUGACCCAGCAGCUCCUGCUCCUAUGUUCUUGCUAGGAAGUAAUCACCUGUUUCCCUUACCCCUUUUUCCUAGCCGACUACACAGCAGUCUCCUCAGGAUGAGCAAGAGAAGCUCCUGGAUGAAGCCAUUCAAGCUGUCAAGGUCCAGUCCUUCCAAAUGAAGCGGUGUUUGGUAAGAACUGUGGGGCUUGAAUCCCUUAAUAGUUUGGGCCCAGAGUUCUUCAACCUCAGGCCCCUCAGAUGUUGUUGGACUGCAGCUCCCAUUAUCCUCAGCCAGCUGUCGUUGAUGAUGGGUGUUGCAGCACAGCAACAUCUGGCCCAGUGUCUGUUAAGGAGCGCCAUCUCCCCUAUGAAGCUACCACUUACUAAGGUCUGCCAAGAAGACCCAUCUCUUCAAGGCAAUGCAGAACACCACAGGCUGCUGCUCUGGAGUAUUCUUCCCCAAAGGCUGCCUCUCCAACCAUUUUUAAGCAUAAAAUUACAUUUCUUGUUCUUCUCAAUUCAUUGAUUUCUGACAUUGUGUUUUCAGCUUCUGCUGUUUUAUUUGUGUUUUGUGUUUUAAUUUUAUUUAUCUUUGGAUAUAAUCUUACUGCUGUAAAACUGCCUUUGAAUGCCUAUUCAAAAUAGUGGCCUAGAUGUCAUAUCAAAAAUAUAUUUCGGGUUGUUCUGGAAGGGUGAAUUGGCAGGAUGCUCCUUGACCUCCAGAGCACUGGAUAUUCCUGAAAGUUACAAAAGGCAGUCACUGCCUGGAGGGGAACUAACUGGGAAAUGAGAUGUGCGACCAAUAAUCUUACUUUUAAAUGUUUUGUUUUGUUAGGACAAGAACAAACUAAUGGAUGCCCUGAAACAUGCUUCUAACAUGCUUGGUGAGCUGCGGACUUCAAUGCUUUCACCAAAGAGCUAUUAUGAGCUCUGUAUCCUCUUGAGACUUACCUUACAGCUAGCUGAGUCUUGUUUGGGGUGAUGGUGAUAGGGAGGGAAUGAACUUGGAACAACACCUGCAGAUGGAGGAACAAUGGGAGUGAUUUUCUUGCUCAUCGUAUGAUCCAAAUCCCUGCUUCCAUGCAGGGAAUCCAGAACUGUAUUAUUUAUUACAUUUCUCAAGGUUGGGUUAGCAUAGUGGUUCUCAAACUUUUUCAGACUACCGCCCCCUUGGUUCCACAAAUUAAUCCCCAGUGCCCCCAUCCCUAUUAAAAGCAUUAUUCAGAACAGCGGUCUGCGCAACUCACUAGGGAUCAUAAAAACAUAAUAACAUUUACGCGCACAUUUAUUCGAAAUCCAGUUGAGCCAUUAAGUUGAAUUAAUUCAGCAUAAUUGAUGAACUUGAUUUAGUGAUACCAGCUAAUAGUUAUUUACAUCUCCAGCACUCCCUGCCAUCCGCUUGCCUCCUAGGUAAUCCCACCACCUGCAAAGGUUGGUACAACUCACUUUGGGAACCAUUGGAUUUCAAAGUCUUUCCCUCUUCCUCUUGCCUAGCUAUCUCUGCUUGAAGACUUGAACCUUUUGCCCUCUGAAAUGUCAGCGCCUUCCUUCCCGCUGUCCCCUUCACCUGCUUUAAAUUCUGAACUCUUCCAGGGCUACUGAUUUUCCCUUGGUAUUUCUGGGUAGUCACACACCCACACAGCAUAUCACCUACCUGCUGCUCUAGUCUGAAUCCUUAACCGCAAGGAAAAGAUAUGGCGAUCUCCGAUGAGCUACACUACCUGGAGGUGUACCUGACGGAUGAGUUUGCCAAGGGAAGGAAGGUGACGGAUCUCUAUGAACUGGUGCAGUAUGCUGGAAACAUCAUCCCGCGGCUGUAAGUAAAUAAGAAUCGAGGGUGACGUCUUGCGUUCUGGGCCCAGUAAUCUGCUUUCUGCAACUGCAGUAGCUUUUCCAUAUCACCUGAAAUUUUCUUGUGGUAGAAGGGAGCAUUGUUUGGUGGGCAGCAAGUAAGUGGCCUCACUUGGGCAGAUGUUUUGGACUACAACUCCCAUCACCCAUAACAACCACACAAUGGGAGUUGUAGUCCAAAACAUCCAGAGAGUACAGCGCAUGAGAAGGUUGCUUUUGCUUCUGUGAUUUCACUUAAGUAUCCUUAACCAUUUCUCUUUCUCCUCCCUCCUCCCCUAGAUAUUUACUCAUAACCGUUGGGGUUGUCUACGUGAAGUCCUUUCCUCAGUCCAGGAAGGAUAUCUUAAAAGACCUAGUGGAAAUGUGCCGUGGUGUUCAGCACCCUCUGAGGGGCCUGUUUCUGCGCAACUAUCUCCUUCAGUGCACGCGGAACAUCUUGCCUGAUGAUGGGGAACAGACAGAGUAAGGAGCCUGGUGGGGCAGAAGUGGAGCUUUCAUAAGUGUGUUGCGUGUGUUUGGUAGGCAGACACUGGAGCAAAGCUGCCUGUUCCCCAGGCAUGGGCUGAGGUCACCUGAGGGUAGCAGCAGCAGGUGCAAUUACCGUAUUUUUCGCUCUAUAAGACGCACUAGACCACAAGACGCACCUAGUUUUUGGAGGAGGAAAACAAGAAAAAAAAUAUUCUGAAUCUCAGAAGCCAGAACAGCAAGAGGGAUUGCUGCGCAGUGAAAGCAGCCAUCGCUCUUGCUGUUCUGGCUUCUGGGAUAGCUGUGCAGCCUGCAUUCGCUCCAUAAGACGCACACACAUUCCCCCUUACUUUUUUGGAGGGAAAAAGCGAGUCUUAUAGAGCAAAAAAUACGGUAGUUACUGGAAGAGAGGUCACCUAAGACCCCUGUGUCUUGGUUCCAAGAUGGAAGAUGGUGGAGUGUAAAUCCAAUCAGUCCAAUCAGGAGCUACCAAUUUCACCUCUGAUAACAGCAAUGGCUCCCAACUUGGGCAGCUUUCUAAGCAGAUUAGACAAAUUCAUGGGAGGAUAAGGCUGUCAAUGGCUGCUAGCUGCCAUGGCUGUAUUAAGAAUAUAAGAGGAGCCUGCUGGAUCAGGCCAGCAUCCUGUUCUCUCAGUGGACCAAGCUGAUGCCCCUAUGGAAAGCUGGCAAGCAGGACCAGAGCACAGACGCAGUCUCCAGCAGCUCUUGAGACCCAAGAUGCUGAGUUAGAUGGGCCCUUGGUCUGAUCCAACAGGGUUUCCGUGCAGUUUGCCAAUCAUUUGAGGUUCCUUUUCCAGGCUGCAGAGCGGCCCAGAAAGUCUUCCAGGAUCAUCUUUCUCAGUUCAGCUCAUCUUCUGGCAGAUUCCCAUGUGGGAGUGAACACCUCACCCAUUCUAGUUCUGCUUAAAAUAUUUAACUUGAAGAGUUAGCGUUACAACUUAUACAACUGCUGGUCUAAGGAAAACAAAGUAAGAAACUUUUUACAGAGAAUCCUUCCUUCCUGUCUGCUCUGGACAGAGUAAUACCCACCUCUUUCAGAGCCCGUCUAAUAUAGAAGUCGGUUGCUGGGGAGAAAACUUGUUGCUAGGGGCAAAACUGUGCAAGGAUCAUUUCAAGCCUUAUUUUUUAGACUACACUUACACAGAGCUCUUCUGAUGUUCUUAAGUCGUGGUUGGGCAGGGGAAGGGAGGAAACCUGGCUCUCUGCUUUGGGACGUUUGCCAGCUAUGCAAGUUGCUUCCCAGGAAGCUGAACAUUGCAAGUUGGUUGCAUUCUUUCGCUUUUGUUCCUUGUUUAAGAAACAAAAUAGCUUGGCCCUCCCUCCAAAGUUAUGAGCUGAUCUUCUAUUGCAGCCCCAGGGGUAGAACGUGCUCCUCUAGCCUUCUCUCUCCGGCCUUGGGACUCUUACCGAGGGCACGGCCAUCACUGGCCCUGCCAUUUUCUCUCCUGGAGUGUUUUCUGCAGGGUGGAAUGUGUCCUUGAAUUCUGAGAAGGACUCUUGUUUACCUGGAUGGAAGAUAGAGAGGGUUGUGUGUGUGUGUAGAAACUAGCCUACUGUACAACAGCUAAGUUUGUAUUGAUUUAUUUGCCUACUUUUCCUUGAAAGGAAAGGACCCCCCCUUCACCCCAUUGCCUGAUAUAUUGUCAUGCACAAAACCUCCCUAGCUGAGCACUUUUAUGGGAAGAGACUAUGUACAGGAGCACAGCUUCAUGUCCAUGAAAAGGACACUCACAUCUUGUUUGGAAGAGAUGCAAAUUGUAUGUUACAGUGUGCGGCUUUCUCCCUAAUCCGGCACAGGCUUUUAAAAUGGAGUGGUUCCCAGCGUGUGUUUAAAUCCAGACAGGGGUUCUUCAAGCUGCAUAUAUUUAGCCCAAAGAGGGCUCUUUUUAACGAGCAUCUCUCUUCGUGGUUCAAAGAGGAUGCUGCUUUGUUUUAUUUAAAAUAUGGAUUUGACCCUCAUCUUGAAAGCAAAUCCUCUCUGUCCUCCUGAACAUCCGUAAAAAGGAAGUGCUUGCUCUCUUGACUUUACAGCGAAGAAACGACCGGAGACAUCAGCGAUUCCAUGGACUUUGUGCUGCUGAACUUUGCUGAGAUGAACAAGCUCUGGGUGCGAAUGCAGCACCAGGGGCACAGUCGUGACAGAGAGAAGAGGGAGCGCGAGAGGCAGGAGCUGAGAAUCCUGGUGGGAACCAACCUGGUUCGGCUGAGUCAGCUGGAAGGGGUCAAUGUGGAGAGAUAUAAGCAGGUGAGAUGGUUUCUUGGCUUGGCUUGGCUCCAGUUCUGAGUGGGCCUUUUCAGGUGUGGCUCCCUGCUUGUGGCAUGCUCUUCUGUAUUCAGGCACACCUGGUGCCAUCACUGUGUCUAUUUCUAGGCAAAAGGCAAAAUCAUUCCUUUUCAACCAGGCUUUGGGCCCUUAAUUUGGAGGGGUUUAAGUACCGUAAAUUUGUGGUCACUUUCUUGCUUAUCUUUUAGCCGUUGGGUUGUGUUAAACCUGCCUUUCUACGUACAUUAUGGAGGUGUUUUUCGAUUUUUCUUUGGGUUUUAAUUUUUGUGUUACUUUGUAAAUUGCUCUGGGUAAUCUUUUAUGAAAAAGUGUGAUAAUAUGCUAUUAAUAAUAAGAACAGCAACAAUAAAAAUAAAUUGGUUAGUUGUAGUUUCUUACAGCUGCUGAAAAUGAAAGUUAUAUAAUUUUGUCCCCAGUAGUCAUAGCUUUUAAUUCAGCUUGUUAGUCACCUAACAGAGAGUUUUCUCUAGGCCAGUGGUUUUCAAGCAGUGUGCCGUGGCACCCUGGGGUACUUUGAAUGAUGGUCAGGGGUGCUGCAGGCAACACUGACAUCUGUCCCUCUUUCUUUCGCUCCCCCCUCUCAUGUUUCUGCCUUCCCAAGGCUUGCACAGCUAUUUGUUGUAGCAGCCCUGGCUGCAGGUUCCCCAGGUGAAUGGUGCCUCUGCGGCUGGCCAGGGGGUGCUUCCCAGGCCCCUGUGGGGCAGUGUGAGGAGUCACUUCUCUUUGGGGUGGGGGGGCAGCUCAGAGACCAGGGGCAGCAACUGCAGCUGCUCAGAGGAUUCCCAAGAAGAGGGGAGAUGACUGAGGGAACACUCCACAAGGGAAGGUUUGAGAAAGGGCGAGGGGCUGCCAGCUCUGCAGGCAAGGGGUGACAUAACUGGGCUCCUGAGCCCCACAGGGGUGCCGCAGAAAGAAUGUAGUUGGUCCAGGGAGCCUUGGAUUCAAAAAGGUUGAUAGCCUCUGCUCCAGGCAACUAAGAAUACAACUUAAAAACCACACAAAAUCAAACAUCAACCACCAGCCAUCAAAUUUAACAAAUCAGUAGCAAAACCACCAGCAGCCUCCACAGGAAACAAAACAAACCAGCAGCUCUGAGCAACGCUAACAUAAAAAUUUGGCACAGCUGGAUCACAUUCAGUCCAAGUGCUGGGGCGAAGAUGAAAGUCCUAACCUGGUGUUGGAAAGCUUGGUGGUGAAACCAGGCAGGCCUCAUUCCAGAAAGCAUUCUGUGUUGGUGGUAGGGGAGUGGACAAGUGAAAAAGCAGCCUUCCAAGUCUUGGAGGGAAACACCAGAUGAGGGUCUUGGAGGGUCUGGGUACGUGCAUCCUGGGAGAAGUGUUUAAGUGGGGAAUAGAUUUUAGAGAUGGGAGCAAGCGGGCAAGCUUGGAGAAGGCCCAAGGGAGGGAAUUGACACACAGCUCUUUUUUUCUUUUGACCAGAUUGUCUUGCCUGGCAUAUUGGAGCAAGUUGUCAACUGCAGGGAUGCCUUAGCUCAGGAAUACCUCAUGGAGUGCAUCAUACAGGUGAGCCUGCAGAGGGAGAUUACAGACGGCUUUGGUUAAGUGGCAUGGCCAAUACAUAACAGCAUGCAGGGUGUUUCUUCCUUUCGACUCUUCUUGGCCAAGGAAAUAGGAACCAACUGGGCAUAGUGGUGAGUCUAUGGGAAGUAUGGCAAGCAUAGAGAAACCAUUGCCCUGCUCUGCUCAGCCAACUGACUCUUCCUGUUCUGUCUAGGUCUUCCCGGAUGAAUUUCACCUCCAGACCUUGAACCCUUUUCUACGAGCCUGUGCAGAGUUGCACCAAAAUGUGAAUGUGAAGAAUAUCAUCAUUGCUUUAAUUGACAGGUGCGUAAGGAAGCAUUUUAAUUACACUGCAGGUGGGGAGGAAACCGAUAGGCACUCAGAGAGAGCAGGUUAUCUAUCUUUUCCCAGUUAUGAAUUUCUCUUCAUGGUUUCCAGGUCCUUUGCUCCAUGCAGUCUUGUUAUCUUAAGCAAAAAAAGCCCCCCUGGUACAAUUCCUUCCGGUGAUUGGUGGAGCUCCUGUGAUGUCAUGGAAUGCUCACAACCUUUCUUUGGAGGCUGGCAAGACUUAACCCAGGGAAGUCUUAUAGACAGUGUAGCUUUCUGUUGGGAUUAAAACACACAGUUGGGGGUUAAAAAAAGGAAAGCUGGUCUUGUUGGUAAGAAUUAAAUUGGACUGGGAGUUUGAUAGAAAGUGGAAGCAGGGGUAGGGUAAGCAGUAGACUGAGAAGAAAGAGCCAGAGUGAAGGCUGGGCAAAAAGGCUGCAGGAAAAGUUUCAUUAAGGGGGGAAUGCAUGUUGCUGCUAAGCUAUAUGCCGCUUAACUCCCAAAGCAUGAAGAUGCAUAUUUAAAAUACACAAUAUAACGAUUCCAUCAGAAUAAACACCCACAAUUAAAAUGUGCGACGAAGCAAGCCAGUUAAAACAGCACGGCAAUUAAAACUGCUUAAAUAGCCAUUAUAAAACAGGAGGUCAGGUCAGGUGGAACGCUUGUCUGGAGCCGACGUGCUUUUCAAGAGCCCACUCUGCAAAAUCAUAAUUGAGGAAAUGAGGUUUUAUCUGAUCUUUGUUUUUGUUUUUUGGAGGGGGCAGAAGAGAUCUAGCAUUGGCAAACCAGAAUAGGGAUUCUCAAGCUCACAUGUGGCCCUCUGGAUCUCUCUCUCUGGCCCUCGGGAGUCUUCCCAGGCCAUAGCCCUCACUGCCCUUACUUCACAUCUUCCAUGCGUGUUUUUGCCUGCCUGAAAUGUGCCCUCGAAGUCUAGUAAUGCCUCUUGCUUGCCUGCGUGGAGGGCGUGUGCAGAAACCAGCCUACUGUGCAAAGGUAAAAUUUAUAUCCCUUGCUCUGCCCACGUUUGCAUGUGGCCCCCAAAAGGUUACCCAGAAGGUAAUGCGGCCCCCGGACUGGAAAAGGUUAUCCACCCCUGCUUUCAACAGUAGCAGUUGCGUGCUGUUGGCAGGGAGGAAGAUAGGGAGGAGGGAAGGAUGUCUGCAAGCCAGCAAAAGCUCUUGUCUAUGCCGACAGCUUGCCAGCAGGAUUGGGGCAUGUGCUGUUGUCAGAAAAGGGUAUUGCUGGGUUUGGGUGCUUGGAGGGCAGAAGAAAUAAGACGCAUAGAGGCAACAGGAAGGUUGAAUUUCACACGGAUUGUUAAGCUAGCCAGCCAUGCCUGUUUUGCAGGUUUUGGCAUGGUGGUUUGGGAGAUGUCGAAGCAGAGUUCUGCCAUUCCCUCUUGCCUUUCUCCGUUCCCUUUCUGCAGAUGGAUAGCUGUGGUUGGAGGCAACAAUGCUUCUGAAUGCCAGUUCAGGAGGGGAGACGGCUCUUGUGUUCUGGUCCUGCUUGCUGGAUUCCCAUUGCAGGCAUCCGGUAGGCUGCUGGACUAGAUGAGCGAUGGGCCUGAUCCAUCAGAUAUCUCUUUUUAAGUUGUUGGUUGCAUCCAGCUAAGCUUUACUCAGAGUAGACCUACUGAAAUUAAUGGACCCCAAUUAAGUCGUGCUCAUACGCUUCUACUCCAAGUAGGUCUGUCUAGUGUUGGAUACAAGCUCAGAUGGCAGCGUUAUCAGCAUCUUUCCGAGAAAUGUGUGUGGUUGCAUUGGUGUCUGUGUUUAUAAAGCUGAUUGCCUUUUAAACAUUGGCAAAAGUUUGCUUUUGCAUGGCGGGCAGGGAUAAGCUGUGCAUUUGUGUGGGAGCAAUGGGUGAUUCAGCCGCUCGGAGUGAGCUGAGCGCCUGUAUGUUUGGAGGUGGCUUUGCUUUGACGACCUCUCUGACUCACGCAGAGAGGUUUGCAUUGCUUCUGGAAAAGCCUUUGUACAACCUGAAGCAGGCAACCUUUGGGUGACUUUUUGUACUCUCUCGCUUGAGUGUUUUCCCCGGUUAUUUCUCUGGAACAUCUAGUCCUCUCUGCAGCUUGAAAUGGCGAGAGAUGCGGGUGCAAACCAUCCAUUUAUUUCUCUAAUUCCAGUGUUAAAAGCCCAGCGCUUGACAGAUUCCCCACCCUCCCAGUUCAUCCUUUUGGCAUCUAAUGCCUCUAAUGCAGGGAGAGACUGACUUGCUCAGCUUGCUGGCUUAAAUCUGUGGAUAAGUUUGCACAGAUCUGGUUUUUGAAGGCCUGUGACCUGGCCACCUUCGGAAGCCAGUGGCGGGACCAGGGGGAAACAAAAAAUAUGGGGUGGCACAGGAGGGGCAAAGUAUAUUUCUAGGUGGGCAAGAAAUUAAAAUAACAGUGUAUGCUAAUGACAGGUGUUCAGAAAUGGGGGACAAGUGAUGGGAUGAGCUCCUUGUUGGCAGGGGGCAUUUCACUGUACCCUUUUUGGUGCCUGAUAAAACAGGUGGCACUGUGGUCUAAGCCACUGAGCCUCUUGGGCUUGCCGAUCGGAAGGUCGGUGGUUCGAAUCACCAUGAUGGAGUGAGCUCCCAUUGCUCUGUCCCAGCUCCUGCCAACCUAGCAGUUUGAAAGCACACCAGUGCAAGUAAAUAAAUAGGUACUGCUGUGGCAGGAAGGUAAACAGCAUUUCCAUGCGUUCUAGUUUCCGUCACUGUGUUCUGUUGCGCCAGAAGCGGUUUAAUCCUGCUGGCCACAUGACCUGGAAAGCUGUCUGUGGACAAACACCUUGGCCUGAAGCAAGAUGAGCGCUGCAACCCUAUAGUCGCCUUUGACUGGACUUAACUGUCCAGGGGUCCUUUAUCUUUUACCUUAAAACAGGUUUGUUUAGACACAGGUGUUUGGAAAGUUGAUGCGAGUUUUAAUCUGUUUUUGGUCUAUAGUUGUUUUACCUUUUCGAAUGUCUUAAAUUAAUCGGUGUACAUUUUUCUUAGUGAUUUUAUUGUUUUAUCAUUUUUGUAAACCUCUUUGAGGUUUUUUCUUUCUUUCUCUCAGUCAAGUGGUGUAUAAAUGUGAAAUGACAGAUAAGUAAAUAGAAAAAUAAAUAAUGACCUAGAGUAAAAAUUAGAUGGGCAUCGUCAACUUAAAAGAUGCAAUCCUGCCUCAAAAGCAAAAGAGCGAAAUGUUUACGAAGUGUCUGGAAUCAGUUUCUGGCAGGUUUCGCUUACUGCAGCAGAAUAUUUGGCCGCACUCAGAGGUACAAAUGCAUGUUGAUCCGAGCAGAAGGACAUAAAAUGAUUGCCCUGGCAGAUUUGGUAAUAUGGGUUCAAUAAAGGUUUUAUGCAAGCCGCGGUAGGAGGAGCAGCACAGGAAGAUUUGCAUCUCUGACUCAACCUCUCCAAAGCUUCAGGAGCACUUACAUUUUUGGACUCCCAACUCCCAUCAGCCUCGGCCAUCCUGGAGAAUGGGUCAGGAAUGAUGGGAACUGUAGUCCAAGAAUCUGAAGGGCCACACAUACUGAUGUAAUGCUUCCUAAUGUAAUGCCCACAGGGGCUAGGAAUUGUAAGGCAGCUGCUCACCAUACAUUUAAAGUGCAUUCAACACAUACUGGAAGCACUGAUUUCCCGCUCCAAAGAAUUCUGGGAAGUGUAGUUCCCCCUCAUAGACUUACAAUCCCCAGUACACUUAACAAACUAUGGCUCCCAGGAUUCUUCGGUGGAAGCAAUGUGCUCUUAAAUGGGCGUUGGAUAUAUUUUAAACGUAGGAUGUCUGUACACUCUUGAAACCUAGAUUUUACUUUGAGAGGAAGUAGAUGCUAACGCCCCAACUCUCAAGCACCCUGACUGGGGAAAGAGCUUCGGUGGGUAUUGCUUAUGAGUAGGAUUGGCCUGCAAAUCACAUUUCCCCAAACUUCCUUCCCACUGCUUUAGGCUUGCGCUCUUUGCUCACCGAGAGGAUGGGCCAGGGAUCCCUGCUGACAUUAAGCUCUUCGACAUUUUCUCCCAGCAGGUGGCUACUGUCAUACAGGUAAGUGGAGAGUUUGGCCACUUCCCUCAGCAGUUUUUAAAAAACUCGGGUUUACUCUGGGUAGUACACAAGUGCAGCUGCUGAGUCUGACGUCCUCGCAGUGGGCUUCGGAGACCCUUCAAAGUGGCAUCUACUGGCCCCACCUCUGGUGUCAUGCAUGACAUCAGGUGUAGGGCUGGUGGGUGUGGCUUACCUGAAACAACUUCACAGGCCAAGUGGGAAGGUGUGGUGGGCCAAAAAUGGCCUGCAGUCCAGAGGUUUCCUGCUCCUGGUGAAGUUUGUUGAGGGCAUCUGAAGGCAGUCCUCUUUGGGGAAGUUUUUAAUGACUGAUGUUUUAAUGUAUUUUUAAUCUUUUGUUGGAAGCCUCCCAGAGUGGCUGGGGAAACCCAGCCAGAUGGGCGGGGUAUAAGUAAUCAUUUUUUAUUAUUAUAUUAUUAUUAUUAUCAGCUCCAUCCUAGCUUCCUUGGGUUGCAUGGGAAAAUCUGAAAGAUUCUUCUAAGCCUGUGUUUCCCAAACUUGAGUCUCCAGCUGUUUUUUGAACUACAGUUCCCAUCAUCCCUGACCACUGGUCCUGCUAGCUAGGGGUGGUCGGAGUUGUAGUCCAAAAACAGACCCAAGUUUGGGAAACACUGUUCCUAAGGGUAGUGUGACCUUUUGGUGCACUUCCAAUUCCCCAGUUCUGUGAUUCUAUGAAAAGCCUCCCUGCAGUUAGGGUCCCUGACUGCUUAAUGCAGAAAGGUUGGGACAGAGGAGCUGGUGUUGGGACUCACUUUAUGCACCCCUAACCCAUUUUGCAGUGGGGACGCGGGUGGUGCUGUGGUUUAAACCACAGAGCCUAGGACUUGCUGAUCAGAAGGUCAGCGGUUCGAAUCCCCGUGGCAGGGUGAGCUCUCGUUGCUCGGUCCCUGCUCCUGCCAACCUAGCAGUUCGAAAGCACGUCAAAGUGCAAGUAGAUAAAUAGGUACCGCUCUGGUGGGAAGGUAAAUGGCGUUUCCGUGCGCUGCUCUGGUUCGCCAGAAGCGGCUUAGUCAUGCUGGCCACAUGACCCGGAAGCUGUACACUGGCUCCCUUGGCCAAUAAAGCGAGAUGAGCGCCGCAACCCCAGAGUCGGCCACAACUGGACCUAAUGGUCAGGGGUCCCUUUACCUUUAACCCAUUUUGCACCCUUAUACAUCUGUCCUGAGUGCCUCAGCAGUGCUUGUGUGUGUUCAGAAGGCAUUUGGGAAUCCAAAAGAGUCUCCGUACGAGUGCCUCUUCCAGUUCGGAUGCGUGUAGGCCUUUGACGUGGACAUCUUGCAGAAGUUGCACAAGCCUGGGCCUGAGCAGCGUCUGAAGGAGAGAGCACCUGUCCCGUCCCCCCCACCAAUGCUGCCCUGUGUCUGUGCGUGAAGUAUAAAUGUAAUAAAUGCAAGUGCCCUUUCUGCAGCCGCCUGACAUGCAGAUCUCCUCUUUAUUUUCCCCGCGCUGUCCGCAACUCCAGUCUAGACAAGAUAUGCCUUCGGAGGACGUGGUGUCGCUUCAGGUCUCUCUCAUUAACCUGGCGAUGAAGUGCUACCCGGAUCGUGUUGACUAUGUCGACAAAGUGCUGGAGACAACGGUGGAAAUCUUUAACAAGCUGAACCUGGAGCAGUGAGUGGAGGCCGUCUGGCUCGCGGCAGAGCAGGCCGCGCUCCCUGCUAAUUGGGGGUGGUGGGCGGAAGGGGACCAAAACCAAUUAAGUCUGCCUGGCUAAAUUGGCCUGGCUCUUUUUCUUCCAAGUGCAGCAGAUGGUUCUGUCCUAACAAUGAAUUGUUGCUGAAUGGCUGAACCUUGACAACAGGAGGUCUAAAUGUUUGCAUUGGGCAAAUAUCACUUUGCUUCUAGAUCUGUUUCUGCUGUUUUUCCCUCUCUAUUGUCCUGAGAUGUCAGCUUCCAAAAGUGGGGCCAGGGGGUAGAAUCCAUUUGUUGUUUUUCUCCGGAAGCCAGAGGGCCCUUGAGUGUCUCCUGCAGCAAAAGAAAUGAAGUAGAAGUAGAAAAAAGAAAAGAAUAUUGAGCCUAGGGAAACUGGUUUAUGAACCCAAACUUGUCUGGAAACCAAGCCCUCAUGGGGUCACAUUUAAAGGAGCUGGGGAUAUUUAGCCUGGAGAAAAGGAGUCUGAGAGAUGGCAGUGUAGAAAUCUUUAAAUAUACAAAGGGCUUUCUCAGGGAAGAUGGAGCAAGCUUGUUUUCUGCUGCUCCAGAGAGUUGAACCCGAACCAAUGACAAGAAAAGAGAUUCCAACUAAACAUUAAGAAGGACUUUGAGGGUAAUUGCUGUUUGACAAUGGAACAGACUAGCUUGGAAGGUGGUGGACUCUCCUUCCUUGGCAGUUUUAAGGCAGGCGUUGGACAGCCAUCUGCCAGGGAAACUUCAGUUGCCAUUCCUGCAUUCAGUUGCCAUUCCUGCCAUUCCAACUUUACAAUUCUGUGAGAGUACCAGAGAGCUCACAGCCCUUCCAUUCUCAUGUUUUUACUCCUGGUUUACUCCUAGGCAACCUUUAUUUCAGUAAUAUAAUUUGGGGGCGCGGAGUCACUUUGUUCCUGUUAUGAAAACAACUGGGAGUCAAGAAAUCCUUUGCUGCUCUGCUGAAAAUCACCCAGAAAUCUACCAACAGAUCCUGAUCCCUCCUCUGCUUCACCUGUGUCCUAAACUAUAGGAAACCUGAUACAUGCCAGUCCAUUGUUGCCUGCUUAAUUCUUAAUUCAUUUCUUUUUUUUAGCAUCGCCACAAGCAGUGCCGUAUCCAAGGAGCUGACAAGGCUCUUGAAGAUCCCGGUUGACACCUACAACAAUGUCCUGACUGUCUUGAAACUGAAACAUUUCCACCCGCUCUUUGAGUACUUCGACUAUGAGUCCAGGAAGAGCAUGAGUUGUUACGUGCUCAGCAACGUGCUGGAUUACAACACGGAAAUUGUCUCCCAAGACCAGGUAGGGAAAGAGCGUAAUGGAGUUGGCAGCACCCGUACUUCAGAACUGCCCCCUCCCUGUUGGCAUGAAUACCUUAGUUGUAUUUCUUUCGGUGCCUGCCUAAAACCUUUGGGCUCGUGGCUGUUUGAUCCAGGCCAGUAUGCGUUGCAUACUGAGCUGCAGGGAGCAUGAGCUGGGCCUCACUGCCCUUAUCCUCCGCCUCCUGCAGGUAGAUGCCAUCAUGAACCUCGUGUCGACGCUGAUCCAGGACCAGCCAGACCAGCCGGCUGAGGAUCCAGACCCCGAGGAUUUUGCAGACGAACAGGGCCUCGUGGGCAGGUUUAUUCACCUCCUCCGUUCCGACGAUCCUGAUCAGCAGUACCUGGUAUGGCUUCUUUAAAGCGUUGGAGUGGGGCUGCUUCAAAGAGAUGCUUUUUCAUCUAGUUCAGCGGUGGGGGAAUGCAGCCCCCCCCAUCACUCUUUCUGACCCUUGGGGCUCUCCCCAGGCCACACCCCCUUCCUUGGCCACACCCCUUAGUGGCCCUUGCUUUACACUCCUGAGCACAAAAGCAACUGUAUCCUAACUUGUGAUUCCCAGCAACUGCCAUUCAGAAGCCUUGCUGCUUCUAACUGUGGAGGCAGAGCAUAGUCAUCAGCCCUCAAUAGCCCCCUCCUCCAUCGAUUUGUCAAAUCUUUGUUUGAAGAGAGCCAGCGUGGUGUAGUGGUUAAGAGGGGUGGACACGUCAUCUGGGGAACCAGAUUCGCUUCCCCGCUCCUCCACAUGCAGCUGCUGGGUGACCUUGGGCCAGUCACACCUCUCUGAAGUCUCUCAGCCUCACUUACCUCGCAAAGUGUUUGUUGUGGGGGAGGAAGGGAAAGCUGCUUUGAGGCUCCUUAAAGGGAGUGAAAGGCGGGAUAUCAAGUCCAAACUCCUCCCCCUCCUCCUCCUCCUCCUCCUCUUCUUCUUCUUCUUCUUCUUCUUCUUCUUCCUCUUCUUCUUCUUCUGCCAUCCAAGUUGGUGGCCAUCCCUAGCUCCUGUGGGAGGGAGUCACACAGUUUUAAUACUGAGCUGUGUGAAGGAAGUAAACCUGAUACUUAUUUUAAACUGGAAGGGCUGAGAACUGAACCUGCAUGCAAAGAAUCUGCUUUGCUACUGAACUGUGGAUCCUCCAUAGCCAUCCUUCUCUCGUGCAUGCACAUUGGCAAACAAGAUUGCCUGCUGACUUGUAGAAUCGUAGAAUUGUAGAGGUGGGAGGUCACCCCCCCUCCUGGGUCUUCUAGUCCAACCUCCUGCGAUGCAGGGAUCUUCCAAGCCCAGGUUGAUGCCUGUUAUUUAGUUGAUAAAGCAGGGUGUUUGUUUCUUCGGAUGGGGUGGGGGUGGCGCCUCCCAUCUUGCCUCCCGUCAGUUAUGGACAUAUCAUCGUGUGAUACAUAUAUUCUCUUGAUUUAGAUUUUAAACACGGCCCGGAAACACUUUGGCGCGGGAGGAAACCAGCGCAUCCGUUUCACGUUGCCCCCCUUGGUCUUCGCUGCCUACCAGCUCGCUUUCCGCUAUAAGGAGAAUUCUAAAGUGGUGAGUGAACCGAGCCCAAGAUGCAAAUCCUGACAGGUUUUUCCUCGCUUAAGAACAUAAGAAGAGCCUGCUGGACCAGGCCAGUGGUGCAUCUAGUCCAGCAUCCUGUUCUCACGGUGGCCAACCAGGGAGAGGCUUCUUCUGGGAAGCCUGCAAGCAGGAUUCAAGUACCAGAGCACACUGUCCUCCUAUGGCUUCCAGCAACUAGUAUUCAGAAGCAUUGCUGCCUCUGAAAGGGGAGGCUGAGCAUAGCCAUCAUGGCUAGCAGCCGUCAGUGGCCUUUGUCCUCCAUUAGAUAGGGCUUGGGUAGAAACAGUUGAAUAAGAGACAGUAAAAUGGCAAGCUGCAAGAGAUAAAGUGCUUAAAGAGAGAGGGAGAGAGACAUAUUCAGUGAUCAAGGGUUAAAUACAGUGGUACCUCGGGUUACAGACGCUUCAGGUUACAGACUCCACUAACCCAGAAAUAGUACCUCGGGUUAAGAACUUUGCUUCAGGAUGAGAACAGAAAUUGUGCAGCAGCAGUAGAAGGCCCCAUUAGCUAAAGUGGUACCUCAGGUUAGGAACAGUUUCAGGUUAAGAACGGACCUCCAGAACGAAUUAAGUUCUUAACCCAAGGUACCACUGUAUCUUAAAACUUUCAGGAACUGCCCCCCACAUGGAAUAGAGCAACAACAAAAAGCUGUUUCCUUGAGCCUAUCUACAUGGGACUGGAACCCUUGUCAUCUUGGGAUAUAAAUAUUCACAGAUUUGGGUUUUCCGUAAUUUGUUCAGGUUGCGGAAUUCCAGUUCUUGUUGCAGACAGUGUGGAAAUGUUAAGUGGAGCCCUCUUCUUGGUCCUCUCUACCAAGUUUGCUUCUUGUUUCUGUUGUACUUUUUUUGACACAGUAUUUUCCUUUGAUGUCUUGGGGUGGUUUCCCCCCCAAUUUUAGGAUGACAAAUGGGAAAAAAAAUGCCAGAAGAUCUUCUCGUUUGCGCACCAGACGAUCAGCGCUUUGAUCAAGGCCGAGCUGGCAGAGCUCCCUCUGCGGCUGUUCCUCCAGGGGGCGCUGGCGGCAGGAGAGAUCGGGUUUGAGAACCAUGAAACGGUGGCUUACGAAUUCAUGUCCCAGGUGGGCUCGGCAAAGGUUUUUCUUCCCACUGUUUCCAAAAACAUAAGUUCGAUGUGUAGACUGGUCUGAUAACAGAGUUGCACAUGCUUAUUCUAUGGGGUUGAACCCUGUGCCGGAUCAAGAGCCUUAACUGAAUAAGGACCCUAAUUAGUGUUCUACUGGAGAGCAUCCUGUUCUCACCAGUAGCUAUCAAUAGCCCUUCAUGAAUUUUCUUAUCUUUUAAAGCCAUCCAAGUUGGUGGCCCUCACUGCCUCCUAUGGGAAGGUGUUUUGUAGAUUAAGUGCACUGCACUUCCUUUUAUGUGUCCUGAAUCUUCUAGCACCCAGUCUCAUUGGACGUCCAUGGCAUGCAUAAUUUUAUAAACUUCUAUCAUGUCACCCCUUCCUUGCCUGUUCUCUCAAAGUCCUAUAUUGGAUGUCUGCCUGCAAUUGAUGGACUAUAUUUGGUUUUCAUAGCUCAGUCCUUCCUUUCUAUGGAAUGGAAGUGUGUGUGAUAAACUUCAAUACAGUGAAUGUAGGAAGAUGCCUUUGAGUGCGCCCAACUUAAUUCAAGUGUUUCACUGGUAUUUCCUUUUCUGGAUCUUAAGGCAGGUGGCUUCCCCAGCUCUGCUGCCUGAGACCCCUUUAAUACCCAGAGAUUUCAGGGACUGAUGCAGAGACUUCGCACAUGGGAAUCAGGUGCUCAACCCACUCCCUGCUCUCCCUAAAAAGAGCAAAAGAUCCUGUAUAGCUACCCUCUCCUGACAAGGAGAUCCAACUGAAAUGAUCUUACGAAGCAGAGCAAGAUGUGCUAUAGACAGUGUGCUAGGAGACUGGCCAGAAGCAUGGCAUCAAGACAUCAGAGAAGUACUUCAUCCUCCAAAGUGCCAUGCAAACAAUUUUAUUAAUUUCAUAAAAUUUGUACAUCACUGAAUUGGAGAACAACAACAACCCUCAAAAGUGGUUUACCAAAGAUAAAAUAAUGACACGAUCACUAAGAAAAAUUGACAAUAUUUUACAACUAGCAGUACUUUAUGACUAAUAAUUUAAAAUAACAAUAGACUAAAAACAGAUUAGAACUCGCAUCAACUUUAUAAAACACCUGAGUUAGGCUUGUCCUAAACAAAAGUGGUGUAAGGGGAUCAUAUAGGCCAGGGUUUCCCAAACUUGGGUCUCCAGCUGUUUUUGGAUUACAGUUUCCAUCAUCCUUGACCACUGGUCCUGCUGGCUAGGGAUCAUGGGAGUUAAAACAACUGCAGGGCCUCAUAUUCCCCCUUCCUGGUGUAGAAAGUCGUCUUGAACAUCCCCUUCUCUCGUGUUCCAGGGAGCUGAGAGCUCUAGCUUUCUUCGCUUGUUUGUUUUUGUGAAAGCCAGGAAUUGCCACAAAGCCAGUAAUCAAAACUUCCGGCUGCCUGUCCUCCCUCCCUCAUUUCUCUUCUGAAUCAGGCGUUCUCUCUGUACGAAGACGAAAUCAGUGACUCAAAAGCCCAGCUGGCUGCAAUCACCUUGAUAAUUGGGACAUUUGAGCGGAUGAAAUGUUUUGGCGAGGAGAACCACGAGCCCCUGAGGACCCAGUGCGCCCUGGCGGCUUCCAAGCUGCUGAAGAAGCCGGAUCAGUGCCGAGCUGUCAGCACCUGCGCCCAUCUCUUCUGGUCCGGCCGGAACAUGGACAAGAACGGAGAGGAGGUGAGGGGGUGACUUGGACCGCAGCUCUUCCAUCAGCUCCAGGAAGCCCAGCAGCUGCCUGGCCCUGCUCCUGGGGUGGGGUGGGAGUCGGCUACUGUCCCAGAAUCUGCCCAGCCUUUCCACUUACUGAUGCUGAUUCUGACUUGGAUUUGAGGGGUUGUCUGUGUGCCGAGGGUGUGGUCCUCUACGUGGUCCUAAGACAUUACUGCGUUGCGGGGGUUGGAUUAUAGAUGACUACUUGCAUCCCUUCCAAUUCUGCCAUUCUCUGAUUCUGUGGUCUAAAAGCAAACUUUCUGAAGUUAAGCAGGCGUGAGUCUGAUCAGUGCCUGGAUGACAGACUCUAGGGCUGGGUGAUUCCUGGUUUUCAACAUUGCAAUAUAUCACCAGCUAAACAUUGUGAUAAACUGAUAUAUCACAAUGUCUGAAAUAAGGAUGGAGCUGUGUAGAGGCGCUGGCUGGCUUCACAGUUUUUCCCAUGUCGUGGUUUGCAUAGUGCACACACGCAUCAUGAUUCGCAAUAUAUUGUCCAGUCAAAAAUUAUGAAACCGAUCUCACAAUAUGGACUUCAAAUCAGUUUUGGACGAUAUAUCGCCCAGCCCUAACACACAUCAUGAUUUGUGAUAUAUUCCCCGGUCAAAAAUUAUGAAACUGAUAUCACAAUAUGGACUUCAAACCAAUAUCUCUCCCAGCCCUAUGAUAGACUGCCUGGUAACCUCACAUUCUCUGCCUUGGGUUUCAUGACGGAAGGAAGGUGGGAAUAGAAAUGUGCUUCAGUCAGGGGUAGGGAACCAAAAGUGCCCCUCGUGGCUUCCCUUUCUGGCCAUUAGGACUCUCCCCAGACUACACCUUUUACCAGUCUUCCUCCACACUCUCCUCUUGAGUGUUUUUCACCUGGGAAGAAUGUGUCCUUGAGCUCUCAACUUUGGCUUUCCUGAACAGUGGGGGAUUAGAGAAGGGCAGUGUGUGCUCGCCCUACUCUACCAAGCUAUGUUUUGCUCCUUUGCCCACUUUUGCCUCUGGUCCCACCCAGUGCUGGAAUGUGGCUCUCACCAGGUUGCUUAGAAUGGAAUGUGGCCCCUCUGGCUUUGGAUAACUUCAUAGGCCGAGGUGAACACUGAAGCUGAGAAAGGAUCCCCACUCUUGUACUAAAUGAAAUAGCUUCUUGCAAAAUAGCCCCGUUGAAUAUGGCUGGGCUAAGCCGAGUAAAUACUCAUAGGUUGGAGGUGGAAAAACAAGUUGGUGGUGACAGUGACUGUGUAGCUAUUUGCAUGCAGUUGGGACUUGCUGGCUGAGUUGCAGUUGCAGUGGGGUGAGGGCAGGAACGGGGUAAGUUAUGCCCCAAGAAAGUAAGACUUGGGUACAGUCAUACCUCAUGUUACGUUUGCUUCAUGUUACGUUCUUUCAAGUUACGUCCCGCGGCAACCCGGAAGUACAGGAAAGGGUUACUUCCGGGUUUUGCCGCUCUCACAUGCGCAAAAUGACGUCAUGCGCAUGCACAGACAUGCCGCUGCGGGUUGCGUUCUUUUCAUGUUGCGAACAGGUCUCCGGAACAGAUCCUGUUUGCAACCAGAGGUACCACUGUAUAUGGAAGAUGCUGACCAGCUCUUUUCUGUUUGGUGCUUAGCUCCACGGCGGGAAGAGAGUCAUGGAGUGCUUGAAAAAGGCAUUAAAAAUAGCAAAUCAGUGCAUGGACCCCUCUCUCCAAGUCCAGCUCUUCAUAGAAAUUCUCAACAGAUACAUCUACUUCUACGAAAAAGAGAACGAUGCGGUAAGCGGAAGAGUGCCGAAACAGCACAUGUGUUUGGAGGUCUUCUCAGUGGGGAAGGCUGGGCUUGGAUGCCAGUGGCCUCCCAGAUGUUGCUGAACUACAGCUCCCAUCAUCCCUGCCUGUUGGCCUUCCAAACUGGCUAGGACAGAUGGGCAUUGGAGUCCAGCAACAUCUGGAAGACUGCAGCCCCCCCCCCCCAGUCUAAAUAAAUACUUGAUAUGUGAUAGAAGCCUGACAGCUCCGCGUUUUCCUCUGAAUAGCAGUGGAGUUUUCCCUCUGUUCCCUUUCCCCCGGAUCCAAGUUGUUCGUUCCAUCUUUUGGAGAUCCUGGGUAUUUCACAAGCCGGUCGAAGACCCUGCAUGGGAAAAGCAGCUGUGAUGGAGGGAAUGCAUUAAACGCUCCAUUCACACUGGCAGCGAGUUCCUGCCUUGUGGAUCUGUUUUGCAGUGUGGCUGCAGACCUACAGAGUAGGGGUGUGUGUGUGUCCACUUGCUGGGGAUAAUGGGAGUCAGAGUCCAGCACAAUCUGGAAGGCUGCAGAUUCCUUAUCCCUGAUUUAUGUAGUUACUUAGGGUUGUGUUCAACAUAUCGCUAGGCAAAAUAUUACACCAGUGUCCGGAUUUCACCAUGUGCAGCAGAGCCUUGUCCCCUCCCCCUGUGCCUCCCCCUAAAUCUGUUCUUUGAACUCCCCCAACCCUCUAGAGCCAGAUUAGGGGACUGCAGGGUAUGCAUUGGGGGAGGGGAAGAGCAUUUGGGGUAGGGUGGCCAUUGGAGCUAAUCCUUACACUAUCACAACUAUGUAGUUGAAUACCGCCCCUGAUCAUCUUAGUCCCAAGCACUGCGAGGAAAAAUAGUUGCAGGGUAGCUUAUCUGCAGCUACCGAUUUCUUCACUGGGAAGCACCCAGAAUAUUUUUUAUUUUAUUUUAUCUGUUUCUAUAGAGCCGUUCUUCAAAGCAGAUUGCAGGGCAGGAACCGCUGCAUGAUUCAGUUGGGUGGCUAGUUCCAUGGACUAAUAAACCCAGCUGUCUUCUGCAUCCUGCCUUCGUUAUACACAUUGCUCUCUUCCUUCUGAUCGAAGGUUUUGACUUCCUGUUUUUUCCCCCCACACGCUGGGCUUUGUUGGUUCUUUUCCUUUCUCAGGUGACAAUUCAGGUUUUGAAUCAGCUCAUACAGAAAAUCCGGGAAGACCUCCCUAACCUUGAAUCGACCGAGGAAACGGAACAGAUCAACAAACACUUUCACAACACGCUGGAGCACCUGCGCUUGAGGAGAGAGUCCCCCGAGUCAGAGGGCCCCAUCUACGAAGGGCUGGUCAUAUAGAGGGGGAGCCUCCUGUGCGUUUGCACCACACCCAACCGGAUCACCUUUCCAUUUACAACACAGUACCUGGGUUUUGUUUUUAUUACGGCGAUGCUAGAGUUUUCAUAGAUUUGUGCCUUUCGGAAGUGCCAAGUUAGGCUAUCUGCGCUCUCUCUCUCUCUCCUUUUUUUGCUUUCGUUUCUGUACUUGGCAUGUAUGUGCGACAUGUUCAGCGCUUUGCUUCCAAGCACUUGCGUUCACCACUUCUACCAGGUUUCUUUCCUCCCCCCCCCCCAACUUCUUGGACCAGCAGCUCUGUAGAGACCAUCAGAAAAAUUAGCAUGGCUGAAGUCAUUCCUUCCUUUUAAAAUAAAUAAAUAAAUAAAACCCAUGUGGCAAUGCCUCCCCCUGCCUCUCUCUCUCUCCCCUCUCUUGCAUUCUAAUUUGUCUUAGAUAACUUCUCUUCUCUGCCCCCCCCCAGCUCAGAAACCUUUAAUGUCCUAACCUGGCUUUCCACCUGCAAGUGUUAAUAGGUAGGGGUGUGUGUUGGUUAGUUUUUACAGAGAGCUUUCAUUUUCUUUAUAGGUUGGAUUCUGCUUCUACCCUUUCCCCCCUCCCCACCCCCUGAGGUUAUGUCAGAUUUUUCUUCCCUCCUAUCCCUCCCCCACCCCUCUUAAAAACUAGAAUAUAUUAAUGCAUGUUUUUGGAGUUGUAAAGCACCAUGCUUAAAAAUUAAAUUCAGAAGUUUAUAUUUUGCAUAUGGAGGCUCUGUGACCCGCGGUGGAGGGCCAGUCAUUGUGCACAGGGCGCUAUUUAUCAAGGAAACUUUAUUUCCGCAUAGUAUUGAGGAGGAGGAGGUGGAGAAAAGUAAUAGAUGAAUUGUGGUCUCUAUAUAGUUCUAUGUAUAACCUUCGUUACUGUAAAAUUUAGAGGGGUGGGGGAACGCAUUACACAGUUCUGCUCCGUAUCAUGAAUUUGCACCAGUGAAACCAAUAAAGUUGCUAUUAACGAGUCUGGC